AUGAGUAAUAAAACAUAUUUGUGGUCCAAAUUUUCGUUAGAAUUCUUCAUCCCCACACCGUACAUAAUGAAAGGUGAUGAUGACGCUUUCAUUAGGGUGACACACCACCUUUCUAAUUUACGGAUGAUGCCACGGAAAGGUUUAAAUAUGGGAAAGUGCAGUGAAGCCAGUGGUGGAAUGUCUGAAGAUAAACCUGUUUCAUUUAUCGCGGGUUACUGCAACACGCUAUCGAGAGAUGUUGCACAGGCAGUAGUGAGCUAUAAGCCCCCUUGGAACGCCUGGUUAACACACACUACUUUUUCUGGAAUUUCAAUACGUUUUACGAGCCGGCGAUGUUUAACGAAGAUGCCAUGGUCAGAACGGUACACACGGAGAAGGUGA